GCUCCACCCGCUUCCGGCCAGCCAUGUCUGCCGCCGACUCCCUCAUGGCCGACGCCUCCACCUCUGCCGUCAAGGCCGAGUCUGGCGCCGAUGCCGCCGUCAAGGCCGAGGGCGCUGCGGGCCCUGCCUCCUCCGCCGACGCCAAGCCCGCAGGCGACGCCUCCUCUGCCGACGACGCACGCGCCGCCAACCGCACCCUCUACCUUACCAACCUGAACCAGAAGGUCAAGCUCGACGUGCUCAAGCAGAGCCUGCUCGGCCUGUUUGGCACGUAUGGAGAGGUGCUCUCCGUCACGGCACACCGCAACGUGCGCAUGCGUGGCCAGGCCUUCGUCGCCUUCAAGGAGCAGGACGCGGCGACCAAGGCAAAGGCCGAAGUCGCCGGCUUCCCGCUGUAUGGCAAGCCCAUGCAACUCGACUACGCCCGUUCGCGCUCCGACGCCGUCGUCGCCGACGAAGCCGGCGGCGUCGACACGCCGCAAGUCGCCGCACACAAGGCCGCGCGGCUGGAGCAGAAGCGCAAGACGCGGCGCAACAACCCGCUGCGGCGCAAGAUGUUCGCAAAGGUGCUCGCCGCCAAGGCCGCUGCAAAGGCCGCGGCAGAGGGCGGCGAAGAGGGCGCAGAGGCCGCAGCCGCCGUGCCCGUGCCGGCGGCAAGCAAGCGCCAGGAGCCGCAGAUGCCAGACGAAUAUCUGCCGCCGAACCCCAUUCUCUUCCUGCAGAACGUGCCGGGCAAUGUGGGGCGCGAGGAUCUGGAGAAGCUGUUCCAAGGAUACGCAGGCUUCACCGACGUGCGUCUCAUCCCAGGGCGGCCCGUUGCAUUCGCAGAGUUUGCCGACUCGGCCUCGAGCGCCGUCGCAAAGGACGCGCUCAAUGGCCACGAGUUUGGCGCGGGCGAGCGGCUCAAGGUCACGUUUGCGCGCUAGAGGGCGAGCCUGGACUACCGCCAGCGCCUGGUCUGUUCCCUUGCAUCCCAUCCGUCCACCGCAGGCGCAUUAUGCACGGCGCGCCUGCUCGUGUAGCCUACAACCAACGAUCAAAGUCGCGUCUAUGUCAUCUCACGGAGCUAAAGUACAGACU